AGAUUUUCAUGUGAAGGGGUGAGAGAUCUCUCUUGAAUCAAACAGUCCAGGCUCUUCAUAUUGUCCCUUCAACAACUUGCAAUCUUGAAUCAUAUCAUCUGGCACCAGAUUUAAGAGUAUAUUGUCAGAAAAGAUGAAUUAUUGCCUAACAGAGAUAAAGUUCAAGGACCAAAGAUGAAAAGAAUAUUAUCUAAAAUAUCUGUGUCCACUGCAUCUGCAUGUUAGGGGUAAGAAUAUCUUUUUCAUGUAUAAAAGCAUGGUGACUGGUUAUCAUCAAGCAGGUAUUUCACUUCCAGACCUUAUCUUUCUUCCACAAUAAGCCUCAAGUUCUCAAUUCAGUGUUGUGAGCAAUGUGGUCAUCGUGGGGGGAUGCUAGCAAUGAGAAAGAUGAAAAUCUCAGAGCAAUACUUCUUGCCCUUUUAGCUAUGAUGUUAGCUACUUUGUGGUUCCUGUGGUCUAGGAAAAAGUGCUCAAAGAAUCCAAUACCUCCAUUGCCACCAGGCCCUAUAGGUUUGCCACUACUCGGAUACCUUCCCUUCUUAGGCACCGACCUUCACCAUGAACUCACCGAUCUAGCAAGGGUUUAUGGCCCUAUUUACAAACUGCGCCUCGGAAGCAAAUUAUGUGUUGUGAUCAGUUCCCCAACACUACUGAAGGAAAUGGUUCGUGAUCAUGACAUUGUGUUUGCUAACCAUGUUCCUAUCACAGCUGCACUAGUUGGCUCAUAUGGAGAAAGGGACAUAGCAUUUGGACCCUAUGGUCCAGAUUGGAGGCGGCUGCGCAUGGUGUUUGUGAGUAAGAUGCUGAGCAAAACCAACCUUGAUGAUAGCUAUGCUCUGAGAAGAGAAGAGGUUCACAAGUCAAUUGGUCAUAUUUAUGACAGGAUUGGCACUCCAAUCGAUUUGGGGAAGUUAGCCUUUGACACUGCAACUAACAACGUCAUGCGCAUGUUAUGGGGUGGAACGAUACUAAAAGGAGAAAAGGCAGCUGAAGCUGGAGCUGAGUUUCGAAAAGCAGUGACUGGAACAAUGGAGCUACUUGGAAAACCAAAUGUUUCAGACUUUUUCCCUGCACUUUCCAUCUUUGAUAUACAAGGAAUUGAGAGGGAAGCGAAAAAGCUCAUUUCGGUGACAGACAAGAUACUUGAUUCGGCCAUACAACAACGGAUGAAUUAUACCUUAGCCGAAGGUGAAAGGAAAGACUUUCUGCAAUUCCUCUUGGAAUAUCAUAAUCAUGAAGAUAGCGCACUAUCGAUUACAAUGCAACAACUAAAGGCAGUUCUCACGGACAUUGUGGUAGGAGGAACUGAGACCACGACAGCAAUGGUGGAAUGGGUAAUGGCUGAGCUGAUUCAGCAUCCAGAUGAAAUGAAGAAAGUUCAAGAAGAACUGACACAAGUUGUGGGGCUGGACAAUUUAGUUGAAGAGUUUCAUUUGCCGAAAUUGCAUCACUUAGAUGCUGUGGUCAAGGAGACAUUGCGAUUGCACCCUGCACUGCCUCUUCUAGUGCCCCGCCGUCCAAGCGAUUCUGCCACCAUUGGUGGCUAUACCAUACCGAAAGGUACGACUGUUUUCAUGAAUGCUUAUGCCAUACAUAGAGACCCUAGUCAUUGGGACAACCCCUUGGAGUUUAGACCCCAGAGGUUCAUGGAUCCUAGCAACAAGUUUGAUUACUUGGGCAAUAAGUUUCAGUAUGUUCCAUUUGGCUGCGGGAGAAGAAUAUGCGCAGGACUUCUUUUGGCUGAGAGGAUGUUAACCUUUGAGUUAGCUUCGUUCCUGCAUUCAUUCGAGUGGCGAUUGCCCGAUGACGCAAAACUUGACCUGUCGGAAAAAUAUGGGCUCGUGGUGAAGAAGAUGACUCCAUUAUUUGCCAUUCCAACACCAAGGUUAUCGAGAUUGGAGCUCUAUACUUAA